CACUAGAUGCGAUCGAUCCAGAUUCAACCAAUAUUCAAUUACAUUUAGUUUGCAAGGCUGUUAUGAAUAGUUUAAUAACAUAUGAAAAUAAGACAAUUACAUUACCGUGUAAUAAAGAAACACUUGUUUCAAGCAUAUUAGACCAAGCUUGUUUAGCAUUUUGUAUUACAAGAGAGGAUAAUUGCGUCUAUACACUAUAUGCCUUGGAUGCUGAUCAAACACAAAUUGACUCGGCUAUGACCGUCAAUGAUAUAUGUGGCUUGUUUCCUGAAAAGCAAACAAAAAUACCAUUGUUAAUGAAAAAGAACAGAAUGCUGAAGAAACACUAA